CUCUGUGUCGCACUGUGUCGUUGAUGGAAAGCACCCUCUAUCGACGUUCGAAAACGUGAAAUAACUGACUAUAUAUAGGCGGAGCUUAAUCGUUCCAAAAGUUUGUGUUCAAUAUUCAGUAAACAACAAAGCCAAAUUGGCACUCACUUCGAUGCGAUCGCCAAAUGAAACAUACGUUUCUUUUAAUAUUCUAAAAUUUCUAAUACAAACUUUUCAAUCAAGCAUUUCCAAAUAUUCAUCGUAUUUACUUAUUAAAACUAGUUUAGUUUGAAAUAAUUAAUAACAAUUCAUCUUUUUAAGAGUAUUAAGUGUAAAUAGUCAAAUUAAAACAAGAAAAUAUAUAAGAUAAUUAUUAAAAUAUUUACUAAAAUAUUGGAAGAACAUAUAAGCAAGUGAAAAUUUUUAAAUUUAUUUCUGUAACAUUAUGUCAUUACUGAAAAUGUCAUUAUUUAAAUUAAGAGGUCAGAAGCAAAUGCUCUGAUUUAGAAUAUUUAUCUUUCCCUUCAAAAUAAGUUGACAACACGACUGGCUGUGAUAUUUACAAACAGUCUCUCCAAGGAGCAAGCACAUGUCGCGCACGCUAACUUAGUCCAGUCUCUCUAAAACUUGCUUCUAUAACUUUUCUAUAAUUCUUAUAUAUAAUCCUAGGAUUCUGUCUUAAAAUAGAAAGAUUUAGAAGAAAUCCAUAAAAAGUAUGACGUAUGCUGUAUAUUCUUAUAAUACAUUUUGUAUUUGUUUUCGAAUCUAAUACUAUUAUUAAUACACGUUUUGAAUCAUAUCUGAAACAUAUUUUCAAUUAUCUUGUAAUACUGUUACAGUCAUCGAGUGAUAGUGAAAUGGGUGAAGUAAAUACGUACCCAUAUACAGAUCUCAUAACCGAUCUCAAUAAUCGGCCACUUCCUGAACGUUGGUGUUGCAAACUUUUUCCAAAUCGAAUUGUGUUAUAUUAUAUUGAUGAGAAUAAUGUAACUACAACUGUAAUUAUCGAUAAAGACUAUUUUGUGAUAAUUCAUAAAGAGGAUUGCAUUGGAGAUUUUUACAUAGAUCCAGAAUCUUUCAGCGCUUUUUGUAUUACUAUUAUAAAUUUACAAAAGAUGAUAAUAUGCAGAGGCAUUUAUCCUUUAAACCGAAGAAGACAUUCACGUUGCUGUCGUCUGCAUUUUAAUAACAUGCCUGAUGGUGCUUCAUUUACGCAAUGUGACAGGUGCUUUGAUUGGCAACAAAAUGAACUAGCGCGCACAAAUGAAAUUGAUCAACGUAAAAACUUUAGUUUCCAAAUGAAACGUGAUAUGACAAGAGUAAGGCCGUUAUUAAAAUCCAUUCAAAGAAAGAUUCUCAAGAUGCAGAAUGUUUAUCAGAUGUUAUUACAAGAUCAUACUUUUGCAGCAGCAGCAACAAACAACAACAAAAUAAAAACCUGAUAAAAGCAGCUGGUAUUAAAAAACUGUCAUUUUAUCAUUUUCAUAUUUUCGGUUUUUAGGUUAUGGAAAAAUAACGAAUAUAUUACGAUAAUAAUGUUUAUU